AUGGCUUCCUCCAUGGCAUUGAGGCGUUUGGCCUCUGGAUCUUCGUUCGCGCGGUCUACACAAAGCCAGUUCCGGGCUUUCUCGUCAACGAGACUUAACGCCCGCGUGAUCGCAAACCGUCCUCUCCGAGCCAAAGAGGCUUCUCCUUUCGUGAGCAACAAGUAUCCCGUCAUUGACCACGAAUACGAUGCCCUCGUUGUCGGUGCCGGUGGCGCCGGUCUCCGUGCUGCUUUCGGUUUGGCCGAGGCCGGGUUCAACACAGCCUGUAUCUCUAAGCUUUUCCCCACGAGAAGUCAUACCGUCGCCGCUCAGGGUGGUAUCAAUGCCGCCCUAGGAAACAUGCACGAGGACGAUUGGCGAUGGCACAUGUAUGAUACCGUCAAGGGUUCUGACUGGCUCGGUGACCAAGACGCCAUCCACUACAUGACACGUGAGGCUCCCGCCUCCAUUAUCGAGCUUGAGCACUACGGUUGUCCCUUCUCCCGAACCGAGGAUGGCAAGAUCUACCAACGUGCUUUCGGUGGUCAGUCCCAGAAGUUUGGCAAGGGUGGUCAGGCCUACCGAUGCUGUGCUGCCGCUGACCGAACCGGCCAUGCUCUUCUUCACACUCUCUACGGCCAAUCGCUUGCCCACAACACCAACUACUUCAUCGAGUACUUCGCCCUCGACCUGAUCAUGCAGGAUGGUGAAUGCCGUGGUGUCCUGGCCUACAACCAGGAAGACGGUACUCUCCACCGAUUCCUGGCUAACCACACCGUCCUCGCCACCGGUGGUUACGGCCGAGCCUACUUCAGCUGCACUUCUGCCCACACCUGUACCGGUGACGGUAUGGCCAUGGUUGCCCGUGCUGGUCUUCCUAACCAGGAUCUUGAAUUCGUCCAGUUCCACCCCACUGGUAUCUACGGUGCUGGUUGCCUGAUCACCGAGGGUGCUCGUGGUGAGGGUGGUUAUCUCCUCAACUCUGAGGGUGAGCGUUUCAUGGAACGUUACGCCCCUACCGCCAAGGAUCUCGCUUCCCGUGACGUCGUUUCCCGAUCCAUGACCAUGGAGAUCCGUGACGGCCGUGGUGUUGGUGCCGAGAAGGAUCACAUCUUCCUCCAGCUCAGCCACUUGCCCGCUGAGAUUUUGGCUGAGCGUCUGCCUGGUAUCUCUGAGACUGCUGGUAUUUUCGCUGGUGUCGAUGUCCGCAAGCAGCCUAUCCCUGUCCUGCCCACUGUCCACUACAACAUGGGUGGUAUCCCUACUCGCUACACUGGUGAGGUCCUCACUGUUGACGAGAAGGGCGAGGACAAGGUUGUCCCUGGUCUGUUCGCCUGCGGAGAGGCUGCUUGCGUGUCUGUCCACGGUGCUAACCGUCUGGGUGCCAACUCUCUUCUGGAUCUCGUCGUCUUCGGUCGUGCUGUCUCUCACACCAUUCGCGAUAACUUCAACCCUGGCGACAAGCUGAAGCCUCUUGCUGCUGAUGCUGGUGCCGACCACAUCGAGGUCCUCGACAAGGUCCGCACUUCAGAUGGUCCUCGAUCCACUGCCGAGGUCCGUCUGGCGAUGCAGAAGGCCAUGCAGACUGAGGUCAGCGUUUUCCGAACCCAGGAGAGCUUGGACGAGGGUGUCCGCAAGAUGACUGAGAUCGAUGCCCUCUUCCCCGAGGUUGGUAUCAAGGACCGCAGCAUGAUCUGGAACACUGAUCUGGUUGAGACUCUCGAGCUCCGCAACCUGCUGACCUGCGCUACCCAAACCGCUACUUCCGCUGCCAACCGCAAGGAGUCCCGUGGUGCCCACGCCCGUGAGGAUUACCCCGACCGUGACGACGAGAACUGGAUGAAGCACACUCUGUCCUGGCAGAAGCAGCCCCACGGCAAGGUUGACCUCUCCUACCGCCGUGUCAUCUCCACCACCCUGGACGAGAACGAGUGCGCGCCCGUGCCUCCCUUCAAACGUGUAUACUAA